AUGCCCACCGCCGCUCGAGACAUACCCGAGCGCAACGGCAGCGCCGGCCUCGACCGCGCCGUGUCCAACUCUUUCGAUCCUUCCAACAGCCUCUCGCAGAGCCCGACCGCGACCUUCCACAGCCCGAAUCAACAAUUCCACGCUCCGCAACGAGCAUCGACGAGAGAACUCAAGCCAUUCCACACCCAAGACGUCAAAGUUCUCCUGCUUGAAAAUGUCAACCAGACCGGGCAGACGAUUCUCAAGAAGGAAGGAUAUCAGGUGGAAUCGCUGAAGAGCUCGCUACCCGAAGACCAGCUGAUAGAGAAGAUCAAAGACGUCCAGGUCAUUGGGAUUCGGUCGAAGACGCAGCUCACCGCCAACGUCUUGAAGCACGCGAAGAACCUCAUAGUCAUAGGCUGUUUCUGCAUCGGCACGAACCAGGUCGAUCUGAAGUACGCCGCAAAUAAUGGCAUCUGCGUCUUCAACUCGCCCUUCAGCAACUCGCGCUCCGUGGCUGAACUCAUGAUUGGCGAGAUCAUUGCUUUGGCACGCCAAUUCGCCGAGCGUAGCAUGGAGCUACACAACGGUGUCUGGAACAAGGUCUCGAACGGCUGCUGGGAGGUGCGAGGCAAGACGCUUGGAAUCGUUGGCUACGGUCACGUCGGCAGCCAGCUGUCGGUAUUGGCAGAGUCGAUGGGCAUGAACGUCAUAUACUAUGACGUCGUCAACCUCAUGGGCAUGAACACCUCGAAACAGGUUCCUUCGCUCGAAGAGCUGCUCAAACAGGCCGACUUCGUCACCCUCCACGUGCCGGAACUAGAGGAGACGAAGAACAUGAUCUCUACCGCACAACUAGAGCAGAUGCGCAACGGAGCAUAUCUCCUCAACGCCUCUCGUGGCAGCGUCGUGGACAUUCCAGCUUUGAUCAAAUCAAUGCAGAGCGGCAAAAUCGCUGGCGCAGCGCUGGAUGUCUACCCCAACGAGCCCGGCGGCAACGGACCCGGCUUCAACAACGACCUGAACACCUGGACGGAAGAUCUGAGAAAUCUGAAGAACCUCAUCCUUACUCCUCACAUCGGCGGCAGCACAGAAGAGGCGCAAUCGGCUAUUGGUGUCGAGGUUGCUGAAGCUCUGGUGAACUACGUCAACUUCGGCACCACACUGCAGGCUGUCAACAUGCCAGAGGUCAACCUGCGCUCGCUCACACUCGAUGAGCCCAACCAUGUCCGGGUCGUCUACAUCCACAAGAACGUGCCUGGUGUACUGAGACGAGUCAACGAGAUCCUGGGUAAUCACAACGUCGACAAACAGAUGACUGACAGCAGAGGCGAGGUGGCGUACCUGAUGGCGGAUAUCAGCAAUGUCAACUCGAGUGAGAUCAAGAAUCUGUAUCAGAGUCUUGAGGAUCUGGGGUCGCGAAUUAGAACAAGAGUGCUAUACUAG